AUUUAAGCCGCCAACCGAAGUGAAACGUUCGAAACGGCGUGACGCUGUGUAUCUGUGAAAUACUUUUACGAGUACUCGCAACGUCAUCCACCAUACGAAUAGCUUGCCUGCUACAAUAGCACAAAGUGCAAGCACGACCCUCCUCGAGAUAUUCAGUGCGUUUUGUUUUCUUUCAAGGGAAAAGAGUGUGCGUGCGAAAAGGGUCGCAAUGAGUUCUGUGCGCAUGUGCAAUCGAAAUAAAAAUACGAAUUAAAGAACAUAAGCGAAGUGAAACACACAUAGGAGCAUAUAAAACACAAAAAAAAAAAACAAAUAAAGAGGAAUUUUUGUAUUCCUGCUAUUCAUGCUCUUGUUUACAUUUUUUAGUUACUCAAGUGUUGUUGGUUUCCUGUUUACUUUUAAGUGCCGCAUCGGAAGUGAAUUAGAACGAAGAGAAUAAAAGAGAGUUGAGAAAUUCCAACAGAUCAAAGUCAUUAAACCGGCUUCAAAAUUGAAAUUUACAAAUAAAAAAAGAAAGAAAAAAUUUAAAAAACUACUGCUGGCAGUUUCAAGCAAUUUACGCUGAGAAAUUUCGCCGCAAGCUUAACUGCAGGCUUUGUUGUGGCUUCAUAAUUAAAAAAGGAAUAGAUAUAUAAAUAACAUAAAUAGAAAACAAUCAGCUGUAACGGUAUUGUGAAAGAUCUUGUUAGCAUCGACCUAAAGUUGUUUUGACGGUUCACUAAAAAAAGUGCGAUUUGCCAAAUACUGUUUAGAAAUUUCUUUUUUUCUUCGGCUUUGUGUUAGUCGUCCAGUGAACGGCGAAACUGUGGUGCAGCAAGUGUCGUUUUGUUUUUGUGGCGACAAGUGUUUCGGUUUACUACUGCUGACAUUUGAAAGUGAUUUACCGAAAUUCGAAUUGUUAUGUCAACAUAACUGAUUAUUCAUUCGAAUUUGCGAAUUGGAAAGUGUAAAAGAUAAUUUGAGCAUUUGGAGCGAUUACAAAGUGGAAGACAUAUUUACAUUUCUUGCUUUCGAAAGCAAAAUUAAGAACAGGAAUAAUUAAAGCAAAAUUAAAUUAAUUUUAUUUUUUUGUUAUGUUUAAAUACAAAACUUGUGAACAUUGACAACUGUACGCGAUAACGAACAUUAUGGAUGCUGGCAGUGUUGUUAGUGAACCGAUUUCGGCGCAUCAUCGCGCAUUUGCGAAACAAAAAUCAGCAUCAAUGACAAUUCUCAAUCAUCGAUCCCACAAAUACAGUGCCCACAACGAUAAUAAAAAUGUCGACGCGAAAAUGUCCGAUGCCGAGGUUAACCUCAUCAACACAGUACAAUCGCAGUGCGCCACGACAGGACGCCGUCGGAAAGUGUCCUCCCUGGGUGGCACACUCUCUGCACGUUCGGCACGCAGUGAAACGAAAGAGCUUCGUUCCGCGCUUCAAGAUCGCGAGGCUGUAAUACAAAAUCUACGCAUACAACUAUGUUUGGGCAAGUUGCCUCGGCCCACUGGACCACCGCUCGAUGAGAGCGAGAAACCGGCUGCAGAGCAAAAGCUACAAAAAUUGAAAGCCGAGGCGGAGAAUAAGAAAAUUAAAAUUAAAAACUUGAAGAGUGCACUAGAGAAACUAGACAUAACAGAUAAUAUCGACAUCCGCAUUCGACAGGCGGAACUCGAGUAUGCGCUCGGUCGCGAGGAACUGCAGAUGCUAUCCAUUGUGGAGGAGGCACGUGCUUUGCAAGCGCGUUUGGAGAAAUCAAAACCGGAAUUGCAAACCAUUUAUAAUAUCCUCAACUCAGGCGCAACACUAAGCCUGCACGCCGUUCAUGCCACCACAGGUCGCUGGGCUGCGCACAGCAAACCCGAUCAACCCGGCUUCUAUGUGGAAUGGGCACUUGAAGGCGAUGGACUCUACAAAGGUGAUCGCAUACUUGAGGUCAACGGCAAGUUGGUAGCGUGUCGAACUAAAGAGGAACUGCAGAAGGUGAUAGGAAACUCGGGAAAAUGCCAAAUUGUGGUGCUACGCAAAAAAUGUGCGCCGAUACCACAAAAACAGCUUGAUCAAGAGAAGGAAAAUAAUAUGCGGCUCCAGCAUCGUAUUUCUUACCUCGAGGAGCAGGUGCGUGAGCUGCAAACCGCUAAGGAGCAGAACCUGCAACCUCAACAGCAGCAAACCUUGCCACAAACACUACAUGCGCACUCGGCAGCGGCGCAAAUAAAUAACGCUUCGAAUAGCCACGUGACCAGCAUCAGCAUCUCAUCGCCACCCUCCACCCCGCCCGACAACAAACCUCUUGUCUUCCAACGCGGCAACUACAUUACCACAUUAGUUGGUGGCAAGCCCAUUGAGCUGAUGGGCGAGAACAAUGGACAAAAUGCUCUGGGCAAAAGUAAUUCUGUGGCGCACGUCACUAAAACCCUGAUCAAAGAGAAUACACAAAUUGAUCUUCGCCAAGAUCGGACGCCACGCAACACUGCAGCACCCAGCUAUCCUAGCAUGCCACCCAAAUCAUUGUCCGCCUCGAAGAUAUCCAUCAACAGCGACUCAGCAUACAUGCAACACACGCACUACCGUCGCAGCGAAAAAGAGCGACAUGCGCGUGAUCGUGAGCGUGAACGUUACGAGCGCUCGUCGAGCAAGGCGAACGCGUUACAACAUCGCGCCAAUAUGCAUGCGCGCAGCGUAGAACACUUAAAUCAUUAUAAUGGUAUGGAGCGCCGCCGUGAUUGCUCUGCCACAGCGAAUACGCAUACGCGCAUGCCCACAGAUAUGCGGAGUGUCAAGUCACUCGACUUCGACAGCGACAAUGAAACUGGCAAACACAUCAGCGACACUGUGUCAGAAGUGCGCGCUGUACGACCCACGCCACCAAAGAAGCCUCUGCGCCUAUCGCUGCAACGCGCGCAAAGCUUGCAAACUGUGGAGCUGACACCCAACUGCGAGGCGGAGCGUAAGCGUCCAAUGAAGCGUGCCCACAUCAACGAGAAGUCGCCCGGCGAUCGCGAAGGCGCGAUACUCUUUGAUAAUGGCAGUCCCUUACAGACCGCCUCGCUAGGUAGGCCGCGUGCGAACAUAUGAAAAUUGCUGAAUAUUCUCUUUAAGCGCAACGAAGAGACACAUUACUAGUUACAGAUUUAUAUAGUAUAUCUAGACAUAGUAGAUAUUUAAUAAACACACUUACCAGU